UUUGUGUGUGUGUGUGUGAGAGAGAGAGAGAGAGAGCGCGCUGAGAUGUAUAUGGUGUGGCUGAGUGCGGAUGCUGUAGGUUGGCUGCUCCUCGGGCUGUAAUGUAUACAGAGGGUGUGUAGAUGGCGCAGGGCUGUGUGGCGGAGACUGGAGCUGGGAUUUCGGGGCACUCCCGGUUGAGUUGAGUGGAAGAUGGCGGCUGAGGAUCGGGAGAGGGACCAGGCCCGCAGUGACAACGCCAGGCACAAGAGGAAGGAGCAGCUGAAGCGCUGGCUGGGCUCGGAUACCGACCGCGAGUCGGAGCGGCCCCGCACCAAGCAGCUGCGGGUCAAGUUCGCCGAGGGCGCAGUGUUCCUGGCCGCCUGUUCGAGCGGGGACCGGGAAGAGGUGGAGAAGCUGCUGCUGCAAGGAGCUGACAUCAACUACACCAAUGUGGACGGACUGACCGCCCUGCACCAGGCCUGCAUCGAUGAAAACCUAGACAUGGUCACUUUUCUGGUGGAGCAUGGAGCUAACAUUAAUCAGCCCGACAAUGAAGGUUGGACAGCAUUACACGCUGCUGCCUCGUGUGGUUUCAUGGAGAUUGCAGAGUAUUUAAUUAAACAGAGGGCGAAUGUUGCAGCUGUGAACAGUGAAGGGGAACUGCCAAUUGACAUUGCUCAGGGUGAAGCUAUGGAGAAACUGCUGAAAGACGUCAUAAAGAAGCAAGGGAUUGAUGUGGAGGUAGCCAGGAGGGAGGAAGAGCAGCGAAUGGUCCAGGAUGCCAGGCAAUGGCUAAAUCGAGGGAAAAUACAGGAUAUUCGACAUCCAAAAACUGGAGCCAGUGCCCUUCAUGUCGCUGCAGCCAAAGGCUAUUUAGAGGUUAUAAAGUUGUUAAUCCAGGCUGGCUUCGAUGUGAACAGCCUAGACAAUGACGGUUGGACUCCAUUGCAUGCAGCAUCACACUGGGGUAAAGAGGAGGUGUGCAAACUGCUAGUGGAGAACCUGUGCAACAUGCAGGCCAUCAAUAAAGUGGGUCAAACAGCAUUUGAUGUUGCAGAUGAAAACCUCUUGGAGAUGUUGGAGGAGCUUCAGAAGAAACAAGCCGUUAUGAAAAUGGAGAAGGAGAAACAAGCCAAGAUGGAUGCCUCCCUGAUUGAAUUGUCGAAUGCCUCACAGCAACUUCCGACCAGGACCAGGAGGACUUCUAUUUCCCGUAUGAGCAGCAAAGAUAAAAUCUCAAUGCAUGAGAAGGAGCGCAAGACCUUAGAGUCUGUGAUGCUGGAACAUGUCAAUGACGACGAAGAUAGGAAGAAGUUGAAUGGCUCAAGUUCUGAGGAGGAGAUGCCAAAUGAAGCGAAAUCAGAAGCUGAGAAAACAAAAGCCCGACUCAACAUGAACAACCUUAGCACCAAACUGGGCAUGACAGACUCCAUCCUUCCAUCCUCCACUGCACCCAGUGGAACCAACAAGAGGUUUGACUUCAUUACUCCUUUGCUACCUUUUUGUCAGCCAAGUGACCCAACGUCAUGGCGACAGGGCCUGCGCAAAACUGGCAUUGUCUUGGUGCCCCAGAGAGGUCAAAGAGCAGCGUUUACAGGCCCCCCUGCCAAAACGGCUGCCCAGGAUGAGGAGAAGAAGGAGCAGCAGUCCCCUGCAGCGUGGCGCACUGCCCUCCGCAAAACGGGCAGCUAUGGAGCCCUCAACAACUUGCAACCACCACAAGAGGAGCAGAAAGGAAAAGAGGUGGGCAUUAUCCGAUCAGCAAGUAGUCCCAAACUGACUCUGGCUGAAACCAAGGAAAAGGAGAAGGAACCCCGAUUAGCCCGAGUGCCACCCACUCCAACAAGGAAGCUCUUCACGAUUGGAGAUGCCAAUGAAGAUAAAACUAGUGACUCCACAGUCCCUUUGUCUCGAAGUACCUCUUACAAAGGGCAGCGAGAGGAUGACUCUGGCAAUCCAUUGAUCAGCCUGACCCGGGGUUCAUCCUACACACGUAGACAGACAGAAUUGGAGAGCAGCAAAAGGGAUAAAGACUUGAAUAACACAAUACCAAGCAGCGCAGGCAUCUCCACGGCUGCAGUGUCUGGUUAUCCAAAAAGUCACUUCUUCCUGAGAACGAUAGGCCGCAGUUAUAGUGCACAAGACUUCACAGCUCGUUCCAGAACCCUGUCAAGUGUGGCUUCAAACAAUAAUGUUACUAACUCUGACUCUGCUUCUACCAACAUCAUCAUAUUUAAAAGCUCAUCCUUUGGGAGGAGACAGGAAAGUCUUGUCAGCAGUUCAGCCCCUGGUUCUGUCAACACCGUUUCAAGCUCAGGUUUUUCCACCAACCCUGCCAAUAGCCGGGCCUUGACCAUGGGUUCCUCGGCAGCAUCUACAGCCACCAGUGACACGAGCCGCUCCAUGACUCGAAACCAAGUUGGAAAUGGAACAGACAAAGAAAGUAAUCCGACCACACAAAGCAAUGGCUCUGGCACAGAGAUCCGUGAGAGACGCAGAUCCUACCUCACUCCAGUCCGUGAUGAGGAAGCUGAAGCACAAAGAAAGGCACGCUCGCGACAUGCCCGCCAAUCUCGCAGAUCAACGCAGGGUGUGACACUGACAGACCUGCAAGAGGCUGAGAAAACAAUUGGAUUGAGGCGUGACAAGAAAACUGCAGAGCAGGAGAAAGACAAAGAAAAAGAAAAGGAAGAGAAGGAAGCAGAAGCAAAAGAUGCAGCAUCCAAAUACAGAUAUAGUAGGACUAGUCAAGAUGAGGAGAAGAACUGGCGGUCAAGAUUAGCCAACCUACAAAAAGCAGAUCUGCUGGGCCUCACCUCCUCUACAGAUUCCAAUCGUUCCAGUGUUCCUGCCUACACCUGCCACAAUGCUGUGGAGCCACUGGACAACAAAGAAUUGGAGAAAGCUAAAGAGGAGGAGAAGGAAUCGGAUGACUCAUCAUUCAAGAGAUCUGGUACCAGGGACCGGAGACGGCCAAGAGGAAAAAGAAGAUCAACAGGUGUGCAUUCCAUAUCACAAGAUGAUGACAAUGACCAGGAUAACUCUGGUGACGAUGUGGUGGAAUCUGAAAAGAGGCAGAUUGAUUAUCUAACCAGGGGAUAUACCUCAGGAAGUAGCCAAGGGCAUCUUGCAAACAAAGAGGGGUUUUCAUACUCGGACACUAGCUUGCAGCCUACUCAAAUAGGUCAAGGGGAGAUUGAGACCGAGAAAAGAGGCUACAGAAAGCUGUAUGAAGAGCUUCAAAGAAAGAAUGUCCAACUUCGGGACCAACUGCAGGAGGUGCAGAUGCAGAUAGCACAGACAAAGCUGGAGCUAGAGAAGGCCACGCAGAUGCAAGAAAGGUUCGCAGACAGAACUGUCCACUUGGAGAUGGAAAAGAAAGAGCGGAAGGCUUUAGAAAGAAGAAUUUCAGAACUUGAGGAAGAAUUAAAGGUUUUAACAGAUUUGAGAGCUGACAAUCAAAGACUGAAAGAUGAAAAUGGUGCACUGAUUCGUGUCAUCAGCAAACUCUCCAAGUAAUUGGCGUUUACGUCAACACUUGCACAAAGCUUUCCAGAGUGAUGGGAUGUACUCCACAGGUCUCCAUGUCUAGAUGCUUGCCUCACCUUCUUUACCUGGAGGGAAUGCUAAUCAAGCCACGCCUAUUGCUGUUACAAUAGCACCUGGACUACUGCCCCCGGAUAGUUUUGAAAGGCAUGUUCAAUGAAGUCUAUAAACGAUGCUCAUAACUGGUACAUGUAUCGACACACUGCUGAGGGACAGUGAGGAAUGGUUAUUUCGGCAGCCCAUGAUAAAUACAACUGUCCCACUCCCCACACAAGGACAUUCUACAUUUACCUGACUUUGCUGAUGAGAUUAUAAAAAGGGUGCUUUGCUUUGCUCAUUGUUUGUGAGCAGUUGAAGAAAUGGAUGUUCAUGGAUCAGAUUCAGAGCAAGGCAGGUCUGCUUGACUGACUCUUCCUUUUGCAUUGUUUUAUAAGGGAAUAGAACAGAACAAGACUUAAAGCCAUUUUUAAAAAAUUCCUGCAGUAUUUUUUGGAUCUUCCACCAAGAACACAUUUACCAAAAAUUCAUCUUCACCAAAGAUUCCGACCUAACACACAAAACUUAACUUUCCUGGCAUGCACAGUCUUUCAUUGAUGAAAUGCUCUGCAGAAGUGGACUUAGAAGAAGUGGUUAAGAUGCCCUUACAUCCUUGUCAAGAACCCUUUGCCUCCCAAAAAUAAGAUGCACUUAGAUUUGUGAUCCACCUUAGUUGAUCAUUAGCCCUGCUGACUAUAAGAGAGGCAACAAAAAAAGAGAGAAGAAGAGACAGCCAUUGAGGGUUACUUUUUAACAUGAGGGGUUGAACCCAGGCAGUGGCACCAUACGUAAUCGAGUAUAGUUUAAAAAUAGCUUGAACGUCAGAGUCAUUGUUUAGACUCUGGUAUGUGGGUUUGAAACUGCAAUAGCAUAAGAGCAGCAACAGUUGAAGGAAUCAUCCUAACAUGGAGAGAUUGUGAAAGAUGUGAUACUAUCACUGGAGCAGUUAAUGCUGCUGCUGCUGCUGCUGCUGCUAAUUGUCAAGGCUUUCCUUUUUUAUCAGGGGGAUGUAGAAAGGGUAAAAAGCUGCACCUACAUCGGUACAUGGAAGUGUUUCUCAGUGUGAGCACUCAGAGUUUGAAUUGCACUAUAUUUUUCUGCCUGCUAACUAGUUGGUUUUGAUCUCUCCCCGUUUCUAAAACAAAAAAAAACUGCCCCCAAUUUUAAAAUCUCUCACCUGCCCCUCUCUUGCCAAAAAUAAAUCUUCUCAGGUCUUUCCUGUAUCCUGUACCAAAAUAUCAGCUAUUCUGAACAAUCAGCACUUUCCACUUUCUUUGCCAAAAGAAAGAAACACAGAAUGAGCAAUAUAAACAAAGUAGUCAGAAUCUAAAGUACCAUGGUACCAAAGAAGUAUGUGUGUUUACAACAGUAUAUAAUUUGCAGAUCCUUUUAUAAUACAGCCUUUCGUACUGGUGCUGAU